AUGAGCUGGUCAGAAAAUUAUGGCUUCCACUAAGGUGCCGAGGGCCUGAGGCAGGCCAGGACUGCUAUAAAAGGCAGCCCAAGUCUCUGCUCUCUCAUCCACUUCUCUCACCUCCUCCUCCUCCUCAGGAACCAGGUGCAGCGCCAGGCUCGAGACAUGUCCUGCUCUGAGAAGUGCCAGCAGUGCCGGCCCUGCGAGCCUUGCUGCCAGCCCAGCGGCCCCUGCCCGCUGGCCAGCAGCUGCACUGAGUCCUCUGUCAGGCAGAUCCAGAGCUCCCACGUUGUCAUUCAGCCGCCUGCUGUGCUGGUGACCCUGCCCGGGCCCAUCCUCAGCUCCUCCCCACAGAACACCGCCGUGGGAUCCUCCACCUCUGCUGCUGUUGGCAGCAUCCUCAGCUGUGAGGGAGUGCCCAUCAACUCUGGGGGCUUUGACAUCUCCUGCAUCACCAGCUGCUCUGGUGGCAAUAGAUGCUGUCGUCCCUGCUAA